AUGGCCGCCCAGACCAAACCUAAGGCUGUGUUCUUUGACUUCAUGGGCACUUGCCUGGACUGGCAUUCCAGCGCUGUUCAGUCCGCCCCCGCCUCUAUUCCAAAAGAUGAGGCGUCCAAACUCGCCCUGCAAUGGCGCCAGCAGUAUUUUGACGAAAACGAAGAGCGGAUUCGCCUAAAUCUCGCCCCCGAGGACAUCGACCAAACUCUCUCCCGGGCGAUGGACAAGGUCUUGGCGCAAAAGUUCCCGCAUUUACAAUCUCAUCUGGGCCAAGCGGAGAAAAGCCAUAUGAUUGUGAAAUGGCAUUCCCAGUUCGCAUGGCCCGAGGUGCCCCAGGCGAUCCAAUCAAUCAGAGAGGAUCUGGGGCUUGAGGUGUUCGUUCACGCCAAUGGAACUACGCGUCUCCAGUUGGACCUGAUACGCUCGUCCGGGCUGAAGUUCAAUAUGCUAUUCUCAAGUCAAUUACUCGGGCUCUACAAACCGAGCUUAGACGCAUAUCGUAAAGCACUGGAGUUCAUCCAGAGAAAGCCCGAAGAGGUAGUGAUGGUGGCUGCGCACGCAUAUGACCUACGGGGCGCAAAACAAGUUGGGAUGAAGACCAUUUACAUCCACCGCUGGACGGACGAUAUCAAUGAAGACAUGGAUAAGGUACGGGGUGAGUUUGAUGUUUUCUUGGAGAAUAUGGAAGAUCUACCCCGGGUUAUUGCGAAUCUGUAG